CGUUGCCGAGUUUUGUUUCAGCGUCAUACACAAAAUUCGGUUUGGUUAAAUGUAAUUAUUGUUUACUGGCCGGAACGAAAAAAAAAAGUUACAAAUAUGGAGGAGAUUCCGACAACUGCAGAGUUCUUCCUCCCUUUGGACCGCUGCUUCGCCUGUUUCUCCAGCCCAGGAGAAGGUCAUCCAAUUUUGGGCAGCCAAUCCGAGUUCAACAUCGCCGACAUGCUCGAAAAACACUUCUGGUUCCACCGGGAUGACUUCCAGGACGGUGAAGUCCUCUGUCCGGAUUGCCGCAACCAGCUGGAGAGCUUUCAUCGGUUUUACCUGGUCGUCGAACAAAAUCAUCGGAUCAAGAUUGAGCGCAAACCGUCACCGGAUCCGACCAAGACGGAGGACGUCUCGAUGCUUCCAUUGCUUGAAGUAAAGCUGGAAGCGCCAGAGAUCGCUGACGAUGGGGAACAAGAUCAGUCUUCUUCCAGCGAUGACGAGUUCAAACCGGAUGACGACGGUGGGUUGUCGACGGAUGAGAGUGACAGCAAGUCCGAGGGUGAUGAGAAACACGAAGAAUCUCCCGAACGGAAGAAGCGCAAAUAUGUAAAGCGGAAGGAGCGGGGGGAACCACCUGCACCGAGAAAGAAAAUCAACUACAAGGUGAAGAACGCCGAGCAGUUGGCCGAAGAGGAUGAGAUCAUUAGGACCCACGUGCAGUACAUCUGCGAGUACUGCCAGAUGAAUUGUACAACGUUCUCGGCUUAUCACCGGCAUGUGCUGGAUGAACACAACACCACAAAAGCAUUUAUCCUUUGCUGCGGGAAACGGUACUACAAGAAGAAAGGUCUGCUAGAACAUGUUCAACGGCUGGCCAAUCCCGACUUGUUCAAGUGUGAAAUCUGUGAAAAGACCUUCGUGAAUUCGUUUGGAUUGCAGAAACAUACCGAAGAACUGCACGGACCGGAAGAGUCUAAAAUUUUUGCAUGUAGCAGAUGUCCCAAGCGGUUCGUCAAGCAAGGGCAGCUAACGCUCCACCUGAGAGGGCACGAAAAUUUAGACAAAGAGCUGGCUAAAUGUCCAAUUUGUGAUAGACGAUAUCCCUCGGAAGCAAUCCUGCGAACUCACAUUAAGAAGAGCCACACGCGGCCAACCGACUUCAUUUGCGAUAUUUGUGCGAAAGGGUUCUACUCAAAGUCGGAGUUUAUGCGGCAUAAGGUCGAGCACGAGUUCAGUCCGGCUGAACUGCGGCGCCAGUGCGAAAUAUGUCUACAAUGGCUCAAGAACGAAGCCAACUGGAAGAAACAUUGCGCCCGGCACAAGCAGGGACCGGUCACGUGUGACAUUUGCAUGCAUGUUUCGCCCACCAAGCACAGCCUCGCUGCCCACAAAAGGAACCGUCACAGGGCUCCGAAUCCGGCCCUGACAUGCCAAGAGUGUGGCAAGGAAUUUAAGCGGGCGAUCAGCCUGAAGGAACAUUUGGCCUCGCAUACCGGAGAAGCGCUCUAUUUUUGUACGUUUUGUCCGCGGACGUUCAAUUCGAACGCAAACAUGUUCUCCCAUCGGAAGAAGAUGCACCCCCAGGAGUGGCUGGAACUUCGGAACGCUCAACAAGCAAACCAGUUUAGCUAAAACGGAUUAAGUGUACUCUUCCCAGUAUUUUAAUAAAAUGUUCUACUUAAAA